AUGGCAGCUAGACAAACAAGAGGCCGUCAAAGAAUCCCCAUCCAACAGAUCGAAAACCAAAGUGAUAGAUACGCUUCAUUCUCAAAGCGUCGUUUGAGUCUUUACAAAAAAGCGAGCGAGCUCAGCACCCUUUGUGGUGCUAAUAUGGGAAUAAUAAUCUACUCCCCGACAGGAAAUCCAUACUCAUUUUUCAGCCCGAAUAUGGAUGUCCUAUUGAGGAGAUACAGAAACCCUACUCAGGCCCCGGAUCGCAUGAUUGGGUACAUCGAGGAUCAUCUCCGGAACCAAAUCCAGCAGCAGAAUCAACAGCUGGACGAGGUUUUGGAAAUGAAAGAGGAAAUAAAAGCAAGGGAUAAAGAACUCAAUAAGAUCGAUCCAACUCGCGUAAAGGGAUGGUGGGAACAUGUACCUAUCGAGAGUCUUGGCCCAGGAGAGGUCCUAGAGUGGACCGCCUGGUUCGAGACCGUUCAAGCUCAAGCCAACCAGAGGUUGGAGGAGAUGAGGAAUGUCGUCGGCACUAGCGGCGGCGCCACUAUUGCAAUCCAAGAAGAACAACAAGUAAUUUUGCAGCAGCGAACCAUUCCAACUCCUUCAGCAAAUCCUGUUGUUCCGACGACCUAUGAUCUGCUAGCAGGGCCAUCGUCGUCUUCAAGCCAGUAUAAUGUCUUACCACAGCCUUCAUCCUCAGCUCAACCUCAGCAAGAAUCGUUCCCGGGAAAUGAAAAUAUGGGCAACACUUCUAGCCCGUUUUAUCAUUUUUCAGGAUCUUUUAUUGAUGAGGAUUUAUUCAGAGCGGAUAAUGAUAUUGCCGCGCUGUUUGGGGAUUCGCAUUGGAGUUUCUUCCCACUAGAUCAAAACCCAAAUAAUGGCUCCGGCAACGGCGACGGUAAUAGUGGCAACAAUUGUGGCGGCGGCGAGGGUUCUACCUUAUGA